AUGAUUGUUCCAGUUAGAUGUUUUUCAUGUGGUAAGGUUGUUGGUGACAAAUGGGAAAGUUAUCUAAACAUGUUACAAGAAGAUGAGUUAGAUGAAGGUACUGCAUUAUCAAGAUUGGGUUUAAAAAGAUACUGUUGUAGAAGAAUGAUUCUAACCCAUGUUGAUCUAAUCGAGAAGUUUUUAAGAUACAACCCAUUAGAAAAAAGAGAUUAG